AUGAACUUGAACUGGCGCUUCCUGUACAGCGAGAUGGGCAUGCUGCAGAUGCUGCAACUGCUGGUUGGGGCCGCCUUCAUCAUCCUCACAGCAGUGAGUGGAUUCCAUGGCCUCGUGUACUUCGCACUCUUCACGUCUGCAUUCUUCUGCCUGACGACCUUGAUCCUCUUAUUCCUCAGGCUGCUUUACGAAUACUCGUGGCGGGUCAACGAGAUUCACGACAUGCUGGCGGCUGCGCUGUACGUCGCCUUGAUGGUCAUCAUGGUCAUCCAGAUGCUGGACCAAAGUUUCUGCAACAUCGAGGAUUACCCGCUGCCCUGCGCCUACAAUGUCUUUCUUGGGGCCUCUGUCUGCAGCGGAUUCUGCUCUUGCCUCUACUUGCUCUCGGCAUGGUGGUGA